AUGUUUGAUAGUUAUCAAUCAAAUCCUGGACUGGCUUAUUGGAGAACUGCAAAGAAAGUUUUAAGGUACUUGCAAGGCACUAAGGAUCACAUACUCACAUAUAGAAGAACUAGUAACAUUGAUGUUGUUGGUUACUCGAACUCAGGCUAUGCCGGAUGUUCGAAUACCCAAAAGUCCACAUUCGGCUAUGUGUUUAUUCUAGCUGAUGAAGAUGUCUCAUGGAAGUGUGGUAAGCAGACUGUCAUUGGUACGUCCACUAUGGAGGCUGAAUUUGUAGCAUGCUUUGAAGUUACAGUUCAAUCUUCAUGGUUGCGCAAUUUUGUUGAUGGUUUAGGCAUCGUUGGUACCAUUGCUAAACCGAUGAGGAUUUAUUAUGAUAAAGCGGCAGUUGUAUUCUUCUCUAAGAAUGAUAGAUACUCCAAGGGUAUCAAACAUAUGGAUUUAAAGUAUCUAUAUGUCAAAGAAGAGGUGUAA